AUGUCUUCCCAACGCCAGUUAAACCAGCACAACUUGAGCUGUAAGUGGGGCCAUUUCGACAUCUCCUCAGAUGACCCCGACAUGCAGACAAGCUUGGGAACCACUGGCUGGUUAGAGGAGAAAGGGACCUUCUCACUGUUGGCAGGACCUGGACAAGAAAUAAUUCCAAAGAAUCCCUUCAAGCGCGACCCUGAACUGAAAAUUAUCUACACAUUUGUCCGGACUCUCUUCCGUGCUGAACCCUCUCUGCUAAACGUGCGGUUGCGACUCUGCACGUACACUGAACUAAAACCAAAGACCAGUGCUCUACUUUUGCAGGUUUACUUGGAAAGGCUUUUGACUUGUAUGGAUACUGACAUUUGUCCUACUAACUGGAAGAGAAUUCUUCUGGGAGUCACUACUCUUGCCUAUGAGUUUUGGGAUGAGCAGGCUCUGUGGAAUGUGGACUUCUGCCAACUCAUAAAUAACAUCAUCACUGUCAAGGACAUGCAUGAGAUAGAAAUGUAUUUUUUACAUUUAAUUCACUUUAAUAUUAGUAUUCCUGCCAGUACUUAUGCCAGAUAUUACUUUGACCUUCAAACCUUAGCCCAUAAACAUGACCUGCUUGUUCUAUUUGAACCUCUUUGCAAAGAAAGCACAGAACCCAGAAGUAAGGCUGCCAUUUUCAGAUACUGUAAAGAAAAAGACCUGUGCAGGGCUGCUGUAGAAAGAUCUCUUAGUGCUGACAAUUUUAUUGGCAUACAACACAUCAAAGCCAUGCUCUCUUAA